AUGUAUACGAGACAGAAACCAGCCCAGCCACGCCAAGCUUAUCACAUCUCCAGUCGCAAUACCCAAGCCGGUAAUCCAUGGCAGUUGCAAAUCUGCCGCCUUCUACCCAGUGAAGUUCGUCGCCUUGGUGAAGCUACAGGAAACGAUGCUUUCAUCAGAUACGACGAUGAUCUGACACUCUACUCUGGGGAAAAGAUGAACAUACCUUUUAGUUUCGCCGCCGGUCUUGGCCCCACGCCGCUCAUUGUUAUCAGAGGGCAGAAGAGAGGCACUAUCCAGGGAAGCAUCGUGAUGGAGAAAUCUGGCCGGUCUUGCAAGUUCUACCACAUGAUUCCCAUCAAGCGCGCCUUGACCAAGGCGGAAGAGGACAAGAUGCAGGCUCUUAUGCAGAAACGUGGAUAUCGCGACUCAGAUGAUUGGAAGAAGAAGCUUCUGUUGACGGUGCAGGAGAACUCGGCCAAUGUGACGGAGUGGAUAGAUGAGUACGGGACGGUUGUUGCGGUUGUGAGAGAUGAUAAGCUGAUGUUUUCGGGCGAGACGCAGACGGAGAAGAAGGAUCUCGUUGUUGCGUGCUGGGCCUGCAAGCAAUUUGUACUGGAAAAGACUGCAUAG